CGACACAGGAUUUCUUUCACGUAUAUAUUGAGAUCAUGAAUUUUGCGUUAUACUAAUUUACGCUUUUGCAUUUGCAUCAUAUUCAAUUACAGCUGUUGUAGAGGUUUUACGUUUGAACAAACUACACUCCGCAUUCUGUUUAUUGUUAGCGUCGUAAAGGUCGCGCCCGUUCCGGUUUACCGAAAAUGAUGUACUCAACAAAGAUUGCAGUCUGUAUUUUGAUAGCAAUGACCGUUAUCGUUAAAGCUGAAGGUCACCGUUGGGGUGGCAGACGCCCAAUGGGCUGGGGUGGCAGGAGGCCGUGGGGAAUGGGGAUCGGAGGCUUCGGCUUGGGUUAUGGAUUAGGUUUCGGAUAUCCAUUUGGCUACUCCUACGGUUUUGGUUGGCCGUUUCUGGGAUAUGGAGGUUAUGGUUUAGGCGGGUUGUAUGGGGGAUAUGGAUAUGGAGGAUAUCCAUACAUGGGCGGUAAUGGAGGAUAUUAUGGCCCUCGAAAUAACUGGAAUAAUAAUGUCAAUAAUAAUAACAAUCCCCAACCACAAGCCACCACCACAGUCCCCUCCACUUCGGCACCAAAAUAAUUCUAGGGUAGAGUAUGCGCGCAUCGCUAACAUUCUGGACAUUCUGCCUGGAUGAUAUCAGACUAUCAGCUAUCUGUCCAAGGAGCAGAAGAGUCGGCUUUAAUUAUAGGCUGAACACAUACAUCAGGGUUUAUUUUCCAUAUGUAUAACAAUAUUUUUCCGCUGGCGAAAAGAACUGGCGAAAGAAAUUUAAUUUUUUAAGAGUCGCUAACGUUAUCGCUUUUUUGGCACGUGACCAUAGUAAACGAACUGGAUUUUAUCCCAUCAUUGUUCAGUCAUGUUCUGCACUUGCCAGUUUUGCUUCGGUACGUGGGCGUAGUAAAACACUAUUUGAAA